CCCCAUGUCCACACCCGCCCCCGCGCAGGCCCGGUGCAGGGAGCUUUCCCGUGGCCCCUCGGCUCUGCGGGUCACUGGCGGUGCUGUUGAAAUUAGGGGCUGGUUUACAUGGGACUUGUGGCCUGUUGUUAGAGGUGCGGGGAGAGAUCUGGCUGCCUUAGCCCCCGGCGCGUUUUCCUGGGGGGCCUUGCACACAUGGGCAAGGUCUAACCGACCUUUGAGGUCAGGGGGAACCCCGUGUUGCUGCUUAUGUUCACUGCUCCUCUGGGGGUCUGGCAGCCUGGACACUGGAGUUGGUUUCCAUAUCAUGUCAGUUUCACUGCACUAGGGAGUGGAGGUUUCCAAAUUGCAGGGGAAAGUGCAUGUUCAAAAACAGCUGUUUCCACUGGCACCUUUUUCAGAAGGGUUGGUUGGGUUAGAAUUUCAACAGGACGGCAGAUUUGAGAGGGCACCUUAAAAAUCGCUGUUGGCUGCUCAUUAGCUGUUCAUUCAGACUUUUUGCCGCUGCAGGAGAGGGCUACAAACGCAGUAGUCAACUUCACCUGCAUUUAGUCCGUUUCACUUUGUCAGGAGCACAGUGGCGCAUGGCAGAUUCAUGCAUUUUUGGUUAAAGAAAAAAGUUUGUUGAAUUGUUUAUAUUUGAUAUAAAAACGGAGACAAUCGGAGUAUUUGUAACAGUGUUGAUUGGUUACCUGUUGCCCUGAUAGUGAAGGUGAAUUUAUACAAGAGGGAACCCAGCUGUAAGAUUGGGGCCUGUAUUUUGAUCCAAACUCAACCUCAUAAUGUCUUUUCCAAUUGCAUGAACUAGACCAGAGAUUAUUUUCUGUGAUAAGGAAAGAGAGUUUUGACGCACAGGGCUUACAGUCCAGAGCCCUGGAUCCUAUUCCAAAUUCUGUCACCUCUGUUUCCAAAUCUUUAAAAUGUGGUUAGGGGUUACUGACUAUAGCCUGCUGCUGCAAGAACAAGCUGUUUGUAGAUUAUAGAAAUUGAAGUAAAAAAAAGAUGAGGGAUAUUCCUUGUACAAGUAAAUGAGAACAAUUCUGGGUAGUCAUUUGUUUUAGGCCUCUUUCUGAUUACUAUCCUUCUGUUUCCUGAGCUGCAGUGUUACAUAAUUUUCCUGACUAAUUUCUUUCUACUUCAGUUACCACUUUUGUAGUCAUGCUUUUUGUGAAGUCACGAGAGGCACCAGUGUGUUUGGAAGUGCAAGUAGGGUAACAUUGGGAAAGACUGGUGGAUUUUCAGGUAUGUAAAACUUCUGCUGUAGCAGCAGACAAGUUUUCCCCUUUGGAUUUUGCAUGCUGUCAAGUUCUGCAAUGUUUGGUGGAGAAAAACACACCAACUUUCUAAAGUACAAGUAUCAGAAAUCAGGGAUGUGUGAGCACAGCUGAACUGGCACAAGUUCUAAAGCUCAUCAUAAAAUAUCUUUCUCUGGGUAUGACUCUUGAGCCUUGUUCUAGGUAUGCUGCCUGAUGGUUUUUCUUUAGUCUCUUGAUUGCAUUUGCUGUUUUCUAACAGGUUUAUUGUUUCUGCAGGUAUUUUAUUGCCAAGCCCCAGUGGAAGCCUCAUCUUUCAGACUUUCUGUGGUGGAUUUGGUUGAGCCAAAUUUGUAUCUGACUUAUCUGGUCUGGGCCUUGUCAUCUCUGGCAGACGAUACAUUUUGGAUUAAGACAAUAAUAAGCUUGUAACAAGGGGUGCAAUGUCAUCUGUGGAACAACAGGGAGAACCACCUCCGGUGUCCAACUCAUCCAGUACCUGUGAAGUAGUGGAGGCAGAUAGUGUAAAUAAGUAUGAGGCAGUCGCACCGCACUGGUUUUACAGCAAGGUAAUCGACUCUAGAGAGAGGUGGAUCCCGUUCAGUCGGCAAGACUCAGAGAAGUUAGAAGAGGCCCACAACUCAAGGCGAGAGGAGGAGCAGCGGGUGGUUCCAGCGGAAGGGGGCAGGUACGACGUGCAUCUGCAGAAGCGGCUGCGCCACGCCGUGUACUGGGAGGAAGAGGUGUCGGAAGUGAGACGCUGCACCUGGUUUUACAAGGGGGACAAGGACAACAAAUAUAUUCCCUACCCGGAGAGCUUCAGCGAGGAGCUGGAGGAAACGUACAUGAUUGCUGUAACUUUGGACGAGUGGAAGAGGAAACUUGAGUCCCCCACCAGAGAAGUCAUUAUCUUGCACAACCCAAAGCUGAUGGUGCACUACCAGCCAGUGGCAACCUCUGAUGACUGGGGCCCCUCCCCCGCCGAACAGGGCCGGCCGAGGACUGUGAAGAGAGGAGUGGAGAACAUCUCGGUUGACAUCCCCUGCGGGGAGCCUCUGCAGAUAGAUCACUUGGUGUUCGUGGUUCAUGGAAUUGGGCCAGCCUGUGAUAUCCGGUUCCGGUCCAUCAUCCAGUGCGUCAACGAUUUCCGCGCCGUUUCCCUGAGCAUGCUGCAAGCGCACUUCAAGAAAGCCCAGGAGCAGCAACAGAUUGGCCGGGUGGAGUUCCUGCCCGUGAACUGGCACAGCCCCCUGCACUCCACAGGGGUGGACGUCGAUUUGGAGCGAAUCACCCUGCCGAGCAUCAACCGCCUGCGUCACUUCAUAAACGACACCAUCCUGGACGUGUUCUUCUACAACAGCGCCACCUACUGCCAGACCAUCGUGGAUACCGUGGCGUCAGAAAUGAACCGGCUCUAUCUGCUCUUCCUGCAGAGGAACCCUGACUUCAAAGGGGGCGUCUCCAUCGCCGGCCAUAGUUUAGGGUCACUCAUAUUGUUUGAUCUGCUAACAAAUCAGAAAGAUUCCUCUGAGGAUGAAGACGGCAAGAGAGAGGGGUCCCAGAUGGGUGCCUAUGAACGGGGAGACACUGGGGGAGUGAAAGAAAUCCUGAAGAAGCUUGAGUUGUCGGAGUACUACAGUGUUUUUGAGAAGGAGAGGGUGGACUCACAAGCACUGGCUGUGUGUACAGAGGAAGAGCUCAAAGACAUGGGAAUUCCCUUGGGCCCAAGAAUGAAGAUCCUUCACUAUGUAAGCUCCAAAGCGGGGUCACAGCAGGACGCUCAGCGGCAGGCCCCCCUCCCUGCUGGGAACGAGGCCAAGCGCGAAGAUGCCCCCAAAGCUGCGUUGGGGUCAGCCCCACAGCCGGGGUCCGGCAGCAGUGCCCGUGGCGGGGCCAAGCGCCAGAAUCUGGAUGUCGGGCUGGGACAGGUCUCCGCAAAUUACCCUCAGCUGGUCUACAAACCCAGCAUCUUCUUUGCUUUUGGCUCUCCCAUCGGGAUGUUUCUCACGGUACGAGGCGUGAAAAGGAUCGAUCCAGACUACAGCCUUCCUACCUGCAAGGGCUUCUUCAAUAUCUUCCAUCCCUACGACCCGGUCGCGUACCGAAUCGAGCCCAUGAUCGCGCCGGACCUGGAGUUCGAGCCCAUGCUGCUCCCGCAUCACAAGGGCAGGAAGCGGAUGCACUUAGAGCUGAGAGAGGGCCUGACGCGCAUGGGGAUGGAUCUCAAGAACAACCUCCUGGGCUCCCUGAAGAUCGCCUGGCAGUCUUUCACCAGAGCCCCGCUGCCCGCUGUGGAGGCAGCCGCCAGCGCCGAUGCUGAAAACGAAGCGGAGGCCAGUUUGGAGAAACAGACAGUCCACUCAGAUGCGACGCCCGAAGAGCCGGCGGCUGGCGGGAAGGAAGAGACGCCCCCCGUGAAUGUGGGAAUGCUCAACGGGGGCCAUCGGAUUGACUACGUGUUGCAGGAGAAGCCGAUAGAGAGUUUUAAUGAAUAUUUAUUUGCACUGCAAGGCCACCUUUGCUACUGGGAGUCGGAAGAUACUGUUCUCUUGAUUCUGAAAGAGAUCUACCACACGCAGGGCAUUACCUUAGACCAGCCUCUCCAGUGACGGCAGGCCCCAGCUGCACUCUCCAGAUGACUUGAUAUGCCACCAAGGAACACUCAGCAGCAAAGCCUGGAUUCUCCUCUCUUCCUUCCUCUCCUGCUGCUGUAUCCUGCAUGCUGCUUCCCACGCGCCUCUGCUGCCCGGAGCACUGGGAGACUUUUCUCCUGGGGAGGGGGAUCAAGGCAAAAUCCUCCCUACCCCUGCGCCCAUGGUGCCACUCGUAGGCUCGUUCACUCCAGCACCGUUCAAUGGACUAGUCCAGCCCUCUCGUCUGCUCCAGCACUAGCUGUCCCCAGUAGAAAUCCAGCAGCGGGGGUGGGGAGCUGGUGUGGGGGAUUUCAGGGCCUCCAGAGACUCCUGGUUAGCGAGCACACGCUGCUUGUGGGAAAUGCCUGGAGUGCCCUGCUACAACAGCCCCACCGCGGGGCGGGCGGGGGGCUGGCUCUGGUCCUUCGGCGCACUACGGCCCAGCCUGGGUGGAUGGGCAAGGGCUGCUAAGAGCACGGAGUUUGGUUUCUUGCACCCUGGCUCUAUGCCGCAGGCCAAGGGACCCUGGCAGCCUCCCGUCUCCACAUGCAGGAGGGGGACAAGUGUCAUUAGCAGCCUGGAGGCUCUAAGGAGCAGCCCUAGGCCCAGAGCCCCCUCUGCCAGGGCCCUGUGUGCCCAAGCUUUGCUUUCCCCAGCCAGCGCCCCGGGACACAGCAACUGACUCUCACCCAGGGGAGCCGAACUGGACUCUUGUUUCCCACGGUGUCCUCUCACCUCCCCCGAGCUGGGUGUGCGAGGCACCAGAGGCGGGACGGGGGCUCCAGGUGAAGCCAUGAUGGAGUGUGAAGAUGCCCAGUUGCCGUUUAUCAACGGGCCGAGCCUGGGCUUUGCCAGAAUGCAGGCGGCCUAGCCCAAAGCAGGAUGUUCCUAGCACCCCCCCAGCCCUGAGCACCGUAGGCUGGCAUGUGGCCUGACCCCGGCUGGAUUCCAGCUCUAAUUCCCUUCUCCUUUCACAGGCAAACCCCCUGCAGCAAGGGUGAGCCCUGUCCAAGGCCGAGAGGCAUCCGCCCCGCACUGCGGGGGCCAGACCAGCUCCACGGCCACUUCCUAGCAAAGCUGGAUCCAGUCAGGGGCUUGCUAGGAGUCCAAAGGGCUGCCCUGCUGUGUGCAGCGAGGGAGACACUCAGUGCAAUACAAGAGCCCAACACUCCCUCUCCCUACACCCCUGGGGGCACCACAGGCCAACCUCCGUGACACUAAUGCCAACUUCACAAAGGCAGAGACCCCUACUGUUGUGCCCAGCCAUGGCCUGGGCCGCAUUAAGCAGCAGGUGCUGACCUGGUCAAGAUGCACAGGCGGGGCGGGGCAUGGGGCAGUGACGCUGGUAA